AUGUUCAACCAAGAAAAAGCAUCUCCAUUGGAUUGGGACAUGAAAUUUAAGAUUGUAGUUGAAGUGGCUCAAGGGAUCAUGUAUUUGCACCAUGGUUGUGACAUCCAGAUCUUACAUUUCGAUAUCAAACCUCACAAUAUACUCCUUGAUGAUAAGUUCGUUCCAAAAAUAUCAGAUUUUGGGUUGGCAAAAUUAAGCACCGCAAACAAAGAGGCAGUAACAUUGGCGGCUGCUCGAGGAACCAUAGGGUAUGUUGCUCUUGAACUUAUCAAUAGAAGUAUUGGAGUAGGGUCUUACAAAGCCGAUGUGUAUAGUUUCGGGAUGUUGUUGAUGGAAAUGGUAAGCUUAAACAAAGACUUCACAAGGAACAAUGAUGAAUCUAGUAAGUAUUUCCCAAACUGGAUAUACGACCAUUUGAACCAAGGUAGGGACAUUGAUAUUAGAAAUGUUGAUAAAAACGACGAUAAAAACAUUGGUCGGAUGAUGACAAUUGUUGCGUUGUAG